AUGCAAUAUCACUUUCUCACCGUGGUUGCGGCCGCAGCCUAUGUCUCAGCCCAGGCUACAGAGUCUCUCGUACCCGUUGGCGGCAAUUGCGACCCGAAGGGUACCGCUUGCGCCGAAGGGGCAAACUGCUAUGCCGUCAACUCUAUGCUGCAGACUGUGUGCGGCAACUUUCAAGCAUCAUGCACUAAGGACGCGCAAUGUGCCUUCAACACUUGUAACCUACAACAAGGCUUAUGCAACGGCUUUUUGCCAUCCUCCGCAUCCUCAUCUGCAACUGCACCACCAGCAACCAGCUCUUCUGCUUGCCCUGCGCCUGGUUCAACGGACAACCAAGGACGUUACAGCUGUAACCCUGCCCAUCAGUAUCCAUCAGGACAACAAUGCGUAGUCAUUGACGGCUGCUACUUCUUGUCAUCCACCGUCCCAUCUACCGCAACCAGCGCCCCAACUUCUUUGCCGACAGCCGCAGCUGGCACGCUCCCACUUGGCGCACAGUGCGAUCCCCGCGCUACACCAUCACCAUGUGCCGGUGGUGCACAAUGCUGGGCUUCAAAUUCGAUGUUGAUUGCAGCUUGCGGAAACUUCAACGCUGCUUGCAAGCAAGACUCCGAGUGCGCUUUCAACACUUGCAACAACGGACUUUGCAACGGUUUCAAGCCAACUGGAAUCAACAACGGUACAUCCACCGCCCAAUCCACUGGCGGCCAUGGUGCUACUAGCGCACCCACGAGCACGUACACUCCUCCCGCCUUCACUGGUGCCGCAACUCUUUCGCGAACAAUUGAGACGAGUGGGCUCAUGGCUGCGUUGCUCGCGGCGGCUGCUUGGAUUAUGUAA